AUGGCAAUCAAGUUAGACAUGGCCAAAGCCUAUGAUAGAAUGGAGUGGCAUUUCUUACAGGCAAUGAUGCAAAAGAUGGGCUUUUGUGCACAAUGGAUCAAUUGGAUAACUAGCUGCUUGAAGACUGUAAGAUACUCUUUCAAUUGCAAUGGAGAAACUAAAGGAUUUGUAGUUCCAGAAAGGGGAAUAAGACAAGAAGAUCCACUGUCUCCUUACUUGUUCUUAAUCUACUCAGAAGGCUUCUCCAAUUUGUUGAGGAAAGCUGAAGAAAGGAAGGAUAUACAAGGGUUGAGGAUCAGUAGACAAGGGCCAAUUAUCACACACAUUUUCUUUGUAGACAACUCCUUAAUCUUUUGCAAAGCAAACGUGCAGCAGGCCAAGGAAAUCAUGAAGAUUCUUAAAAUGUAUGAAGAGGCCUCAGGACAGUUGAUAAACCUUGAUAAGUCAACUGUCUUUUUCAGUAAGAAUAUGUCUCUGGAGCAAAAGGAAGCAGUGUGCAGCUCACUGGGAGGAAUGACAGAGAUGAAACAUGGUAAAUAUCUAGGACUGCCUAUGGUGAUCUCUAGGACAAAGGAGCAGAUCUUUGGGUUCAUUAAAGAAAACAUCAAGCAUAAGCUUCAGGACUGGAGAAAUAAGUUGUUGAGCACAGCGGGCAAGGAAGUACUGCUUAAGGCAGUCUCAAUGGCAAUGCCAACAUAUGCCAUGUCUGUGUUCAAACUGCCGAGGAAGCUUUGUAAAGACAUAAGCUCAUUGAUGGCUAACUACUGGUAG